UGAGCAAUCCUCAUGCCUGGCCACUCUAUAAACUCUUCCCUUCCACACAGCCAUUCACAAGCCGGAGAUGCCAGAGUACUGUGUGACCGGCGGCACUGGCUUCAUAGCCUCCAACUUGGUCAAGGCAUUGCUCGAGAACGGUCACCACGUUCGCACCACCGUUAGAAACCCAGGAGACGAACGAAGUGUCGGGUUUCUGUGGGAGUUCGAUGGAGCUAAGGAGAGGCUGAAGAUAGUCAAAGCUGACUUGCUUGAAGAAGGUAGCUUUGAUGAGGCCAUUCAAGGAGUUGAUGGGGUCUUCCACACUGCUUCACCUGUCAUUGUUCCCUACAAUAACAACAUCAAGGCAACUCUGAUUGAUCCAUGUAUAAAUGGUACGAAGAACGUACUAAAUUCAUGUCUAAAAGCGAACAGCGUGAAACGAGUAGUGCUCACCUCGUCCUGCUCUGCAAUUAGAUAUCGUUAUGACAUCCAGCAACUCUGUCCUCUCAAUGAAUCGCAUUGGUCCGAUCCCGAGUAUUGCAAGAGCCAUAAUCUUUGGUAUGCAUUUGCUAAGACUUUGGCAGAGAAAGAGGCUUGGCGUUUGGCAGAAGAACAUGGAAUGGAUCUAGUUGUGGUGAACCCAUCUUUUGUUAUUGGUCCUUUGCUUACACCAAAACCAACCAGUACCCAGCAUCUCCUACUCGCCAUCAUCAAAGGUGAAAGCGGCGAAUAUCCAAACUGCACGUUGGGGUUCGUGCACAUAGACGACGUGGUAGCAGCGCACAUACUAGCAAUGGAACAUCCAAAAGCAUCAGGCAGGAUCAUAUGUUCAAGCACAGUAGCUCACUGGUCAGAGAUCAUCGCAAUGCUCAGAAUCAAGUAUCCAUCCUACCCAUUUGAAACCAAAUGCAACAACGAUCAGAAAGGAGAUAGCAACCCUCACAAUAUGGACACCAGAAAGAUAUCUAACCUGGGAUUCCCCGCUUUCAAGACGCUCGAACAAAUGCUUGAUGAUUCGAUCAAGAGUUUCCGAGACAGAGGAUUUCUUUGAAUCGAAGAAAAAAGCCUUCAAUAACUUCGACUGUAACCAUCUGGCUUGUAGUUUCGAUUUGACGAUUCAUAAGUAAAGAAUCCAAGAAUAAUAAUCGUUUAUAAAUCGAAA